UAUGAGGAGAGACUUAACCGCUGUGUACCACAAAGGUUUGAAGGCACAGGAAGCACAUGGUCCUGAGAACUUCUUGCAAAGGAUAGAUGGCAAAGGAGGAAAAGCUGAAGAGAUCUGAAAUAUACUUUUGCUAAUCAUCUUGAAAAGCUCUGAAGACUUUGACCAACUUCAUGAACUGUUCACUGACUCAGCUAACUCAUUGCAGAUGAUAUCUUUUUAACAGCUUACAGUUACAUACUAACUGUCACAAAAGCUGACUCAUUGAUUUCUGGUGCUCAAAGCUUAAACAGCCAACCAUGUCAGCUAAGGUAAUAACUUUACCAACAGCAACCAUUGGCCCAAAAUCCUGGCAAAAAGCUGCAAUAAGUAAUGUGCAGUUUGCAGACAAGGUGGUUAGCAGAGCAGCUCAAGGAACUAAAGGUGGUUCUGCUGUUGCUGUCUCUGGGACUGGAUUGCCCUCUCAGUUUAAAAUCAAGAGCUGGGAGUUGAAAGCUACUGAAGAAGACUUUACCAAGAAAGACAUUGUUACUCAGAGAAACAUGAAGCUGCAAAGUUCUCCUGUGGUGGGUCCAGUGGGACAAAAUUGGGGAUAUAGUGAUGAGCCUGGCAUAUUUACAAGCAAAAAUGGAAACUGUGAAGAAGCAGAACUUCUGGAAAAUACUGAAAAUCAAAAGGAGAAACUUUCAGGUGGUCAGCUGACAGAACAACCAAAUUAUUGCUGGCUGCUGGAUGAGAACUCAGGGUUCAAGGACCCCCCACCUUUUUACCGAGACAUGUGUGCAGAGCAGUGUAAUCGGUUGAUCCUGGCCUACACACGGGAUACUCGUGCUUUGGUUGCUAUGCUACGUGAGCACAUUGUUUACACUAAUGAGGAAGUGAAGAAAAUGCUUCUAGAGAAAGGACGACUAGAGAAGACGCUUGCCAACUUACGAAAAGACAUUAUGGUAAAUAGACAUAGCAUGGAGCUGCGGAUCAGAAGACCUCUAAAUGAACGGGUACAUGAUGGAGCAGACCUGUUGUUGGAGGCAGAGAGGAGCCAGCUACUGAAACUGAAGUGGGAAUUGGAGGCAAAGCUUGCUAGUACAAACGAACAGUUAAAGACACUAGAUAUGUGCCGUAAGCGCUUGAAUGAAUGCAGUGCAGAGAGAAGUCGUGCUCUGGACUUGACAGCUCACACAAUGACCGGACCAGUCCAUGAAGGAGGUCAGGAGUCCAGAAAUGGUAGGGAAAGUAUAACCCCAAGUAGAGCAGCAUCCAGAAGAGAAGAAAGGCCAGAAACUCCAAAACCAAACUCUCUUGGUUCCUUUACUCCAGAGUGCAAAGAGGCAAUGGAUGCAGCAAAGGAAGCCUGUUCCAGUUCUAAGCAGCUACGAAAGGCUAUCAAAGAAGCAAUUGAUAAUGCUGUGACUCUUCAGCGCUCAGCUCAUAAAUCUGUCAAUGCGGGCGUCACACAGAAGAUGGCAGAAACGGUCUCACUAAUGCAAUACCUACAGAUGAGUUCAGCUAAGACAAGGACUGCCGUACAUCGUGUACAUCGUUGUUACGAUGAGUUCGAAAUGAGCCAGGGACUCAACAUGGGUCCAUUGUCUAGUGCUGACCUGCAGGUAAGAGAGAAGUUAAACCGUCCACUUGUUCAGGUCUAUCAGCGACAUGCUGGCAAUCAGUUACCAGAAGGCCUGGCUCUUGUGCAGGGAACCUUAGCUUUGCAACGUUCUCUUGAAAACACCAGCCAAAAUCUUGGACUACUUCAUCUUGCUCGACUACGCCUGGAGGAUAAUAUCCGAGAAAAGAAAUCAGCUUACCAAGUAGAUUCAGGUAUAGCCAGAAUGCGUCGACGCCAUGCUGAUCAUCGAUGGAGCACUGAAGAAGGUCUGCGCCCUAGGACUACUUAAAAAACCCAAAGUCAGAUACCUUAGUGGCUGCAGUAAACAUGCAGAAUUUAAAUGGCAUAAUAAACUUUUACAUUCCUGUCAUGUACUCUGUAUCCUCACUGCAUGCAUUUCUUUAUGUAAGGAAAGAAUUAACACUAAGAACCUGUAUGAGAUAGCAAAAGUGCACUUUGAUUUUUAUUUGUUAUGAAUCAUACUCACUUAAAUUUUCUCUGUCCCUUAAGUAUUAUUGAGAAACAAACUAGAGGUACAACACAGAAUUUAAAUGAAAAAAAUUUACCUCUUUUUUUUUUUUUUUCUUGAGAAAUUUUCAUUAAUCCAUAAUCUGUUGCAAUAGAUUUAAAUCUCCUGCAGGCUGUUUGGUAAAUAGUAUGUUAUUUGUUGCACCUGAAACUAAUAGCAAUCUCACAGGAUGGGGCAUAUUAUAUUUAAAACAAAAUGGAGGUGGUGGCAGUAAUAUUCAUAGGACUGGCAUGUUAUCUUUGUCAAGAAGCAUCAACACAGUAAUGAUAGAUAAACAAGGUGAGACUGCAGCACAAUGGCACAGUGAUUAGCUCUGUAAUCUCUCAGCAUUCGGAUCGCUGGUUCAUUUCUUGGUUGGGGUGCCUGCUGUAUUUGCCUUUGCAUGUUCUUCCUUUUUGUGCAUUUCCACUGGAGUAUUUUGUUUCUUCCCACACUCCAAAAAACAUGCAGGCAUGUUAACUACUGGUGGUAAAUUAGCCCUUGGUGCACAUGAGACAGUUGAUUUGACAGUGUUUGGGAUUGGUGAACCAUCUGGGGCUUGUUCCUGUUUUUGAAAUCAUUGCUUUCAGUGAUAGGCUGCAGCCCCCCACAGCUCUGCACUUGGUGAAAGUGGCUAGAUGUAGAUAUGAAAGGUACACAGUGGAACAUGCAUCCUACCUUAUUCCCACCUGCAUUUACACCUUACCUUGAGCUCUGCUACAACAGUCAUGCUAGUGUUCCAGACUGUGUUCUAAUUUCACCUCUUGUUUUCUAACCUUUGUAAACAACUGUCUAUAUUCCAGUCCAUAUUUGUUACCUGUACCCAGUUAAAUUACAUUUGAACUUGGGAACAA